GUCUACUGCAAGCACAAACUCCGAUAAACCCCGAUCCGCCUAUGGCACCAUCAUAUGCUGCACCGCAGCCUCCCAGCGAGGAAGGCGAAAAGCCAGUGACAGUGCUAGUCACUGGAUUCGGUCCCUUCCUCACCCGCUUCCCCAAAAACUCUUCCUGGGAAAUCGCCUCCACCCUCCCCAGCCUGCUUCCCUCUUCCCCCACGAAUAAAACCCCAAUCCACAUCCAUGUCCACCACGAACCCAUCCGCGUCGCCUACACCGCCGUCCUCAAUCUCAUCCCCAACCUGCUUCCCCCACGAAAUCCCAUGUACCCGGUCGCAGACAUAAUCCUGCACAUCGGACUCGCCGCAGGCCGCAAUUACUACGCCAUCGAGCAAGGCUCGCGGAGCCGCGGGUACGGUAGUAUCGCUGAUGUUGAUCGUCAGCGAUUCGACGACGAAAGCGCUGAAAAGCACUUUCCUGCUUCAAAAUUUCCAAAUACGCUGUCGACGAGUUUCGAUACUGCAGAUGUGCUGGCGUGUUGGAAAGAGUCCUUAAAGCCUUCUUCUUUUUCUUCGUCUUCUUCCGAAGCGAGUAGCGCGAAACGCCCAGAUGUGAGGAUUAGUACUGAUGCGGGGAAUUUCUUGUGUGGGUUUAUUUAUUAUAACAGUCUUGCGCAUUACUAUAGUAUUAAGGAGGAUGAGCGGCCCGUUGUCUUUUUGCAUGUCCCCGAUUUGACGAGUAGUGAGGAGAAGAUGAAGGAGGGGUGGGAGGUUACGGUUGCGUUGAUUAAGGCGCUGGUGGAGAGCAGGCGUAAGGCCGGGGGUGUUAUCGUGGAUGGGGAGAAACGGGGCCAAGAGGCGCAGAAUGGGACAGAUGGAGUGCAGACGGAUAACAAUUUUGCUUAGAUUUUACCGUCUUUUUUUUUCGACUGCAAGGUACAGUUUCCAGAGAGAAGCAUUGGGUAACGAGCACCGACGUAGCGAAGACUGCAGUGGGGUUGCAGGUCACAGAAUCGGGAAUGAAUGUUAGUGAAGCUUUGUAGGGAUAUCUAGCAUUUAGACAGUGCAAAAAGAAUGGCAUCAAGGUAAUCGA